AUGGACGGCGGGUGGCACGACGACGACGAGUUGGCUGGCAGGCCAAAACGUCGGACCUGUGCCGAAGCGCUGACGAUGAACUUGGAGACUCUGAUGGUGAAGUAUUGUCCAGUUUGCCCAUUUAUAACCAGCAGCAACAAAUUGAGCAGACACAUACUCAACAAACAUCCAGAGUCUCCGAGGAAGCCGAAGAAGGUCCACUUGAAAUCCAUAGUUCAAAAAAUCACGGCUGCGUCGAGAAAAUUGUAUUCGGUCGUCCCGAUGUCGGCCAUCAAGCAGACGCUCGGGGCGUAUUGGGAUGACAGAAACUACCGGAGCAUCGCCCACAAACUCACGGUCAUGUUAAGGAUGAAGGUGUAUGGCGGGUCGUGGGACCUUCCCGGCGUCACAGUAGCACCACAUCCUUUCGCGGACGACCUCGUCCAAGUGGAAGACGAUGCUCCCGAAGCGUUCUUCCCGACGCUCCCGAUGUCGGACUAUAGAUGGCCAGCCAAUUCGGCGCCCAAAGCUCCGCACGCCUUGAUGGGAAUGUCCUCCGCUCCCGCAGCCGCCUCUUCCUCCCUCUCCGCCGCCACCGCCCUCGCCACCACCUCUGCCACCCCCGACACCAUUCAGGCCACCCCCAAGGUGUCCGUACUAUUUAUAGUAUUGUUGAAUCAUUGA